AAUUAUUGUAAACACGACUUGAUAGUUGUAAUACUUGUCUCUCAAAUUGAACCAUUCUCGCUUGAAUCUGUCGCCUCUACUUGGCCAAUGACCCAAGUCAUGCCAAACAUCAACAGCAUCCCAUGACCACCGUACCACCCAACUGACCCGCUAAUCCCUCGCCAAAUUACAUGAUUGAUUCAUUCAUGCGUCUUGAGUGGAUCGUGUGUGUUUCCUAGAUAUCUCACUUCGUUGCCUCGGCCAAAAACACAUUUGUUUAAGAAGAACAAUCUCCACCAUAUUCGACAUCUUUGAUCUUGAUCCUCCACACUCACCAAACUUGCCCUCCCAGCCGUGUUCAGAAUGGAUCAUCUCGUCGUCGGCGUCUUGGGCGGCGGGCAGUUGGGUCGAAUGCUGGUCGAGGCGGCUCAUCGACUCAACAUCCAAGUGGCUGUCCUGGACAGCGAGAAUGCCCCCGCCAAGCAGAUCAAUCUCGUCGCUUCCGACAAACACAUCACCGGCUCGUUUGCAAAAGCCGCUGAUGUCCAAAAAUUGGCCCGCAACUGUGAUGUCCUGACAUAUGAGAUUGAGCAUGUCGACACCAAGGUCCUUCAGGAGCUUGACGAGGAGAAGCCUUUUGUCGAGGGCACCCAGUCGUGGUCCCGCAUUCAACCAAGCUGGGCCACGGUGAGAACCAUCCAAGAUAAGUUUCUACAGAAGCAGCACUUUGCCAAAUUCGACAUCGCUACAGCACAGUCCAUCGCUGUCGGCACUUCGGAGCCACAAGGCUUGAAGGAGAUUGCCGACCGACUUGGCUAUCCAUUCAUGCUCAAAUCACGGACCGAAGCCUACGACGGAAGAGGCAACUAUCCUGUGAAAUCUGUAUCAGAGAUCGAAGCAGCUUUGGCAGCUUUGAGCAACCGUCCCUUGUAUGCUGAAAAGUGGGCUCAUUUCCGGAUAGAAUUGGCAGUCAUGGUCAUCAAGACAAACCAGGAAGCAUCACUCGAUUCAUGGGAAUCAAACACUCUCGCCUAUCCCACCGUGGAGACCAUCCAUGAAGACAGCAUCUGCAAACUCGUAUAUGUGCCCCCUCGGGGUGUCUCAAGAAAACUGGCCAAGGCGGCUCAAGUCUUGGCUCGGCGAGCUGUUUCGACCUUUGCUGGUACUGGCGUCUUCGGGGUGGAAUUGUUCUUGUUGGAUGAUGAUAGUCUCGUUGUCAACGAGAUUGCACCUCGUCCUCACAACUCAGGACAUUACACCAUCGAGGCGUGCCACAUGUCUCAAUAUGAAGCACAAAUUCGGGCAGUUCUGCCAAAACUGUCCAAGACCAUCCUACCAGGCUCUACCGACCUCGUCGCCCCUGCGGCAAUCAUGCUGAACGUUCUCGGUGGUCCGGAACCCGAUUCGCAUCUCUUGGUUGCUGAUGCCGCUCUGACCAUCCCUGGAGCCAAAGUCCACCUCUAUGGCAAAGGGGAUGGGCGACCCGGUCGCAAGAUGGGCCAUAUCACUAUUCUUGGUCAGUCCAUGUCUGAAGUCGAGACAAAGAUCCAUCCCCUGAUCAAUAUUGUCGACUCCAUCCGGGCACACCGCCACGAUAAAACAUCGUCGUCGGCUGCAGCCAUCACCAAGAUGGCCAACAGCCUGAACAUCUCCAACCCAGCGCCAAAACCAAAGUCUGUGAUUGCAGUAGUCAUGGGGUCUGACACGGAUCUCGCAACGCUUCGACCAGGACUCACUCUUCUGGACGAGAUAGGCAUCCCUUACGAAGUCACCAUCACCUCCGCCCACCGAACACCGCAACACAUGCUGAAUUUCGGCAAGGCCGCUGCAGGUCGUGGGAUUCGAGCCAUCAUAGCUGCGGCUGGGGGUGCAGCACACUUACCGGGCAUGAUGGCAUCGGUGACGUCGGUGCCGGUGAUUGGCGUGCCAGUCAAGGCCAGCAGUUUAGACGGUCUGGACAGUCUGCUCAGCAUCGUACAGAUGCCUAGGGGCAUUCCAGUAGCCACGGUUAGUAUUGGGAACAGUAUCAAUGCCGCACUCCUGGCGGCGAGAAUCGUGGGAACCAGUGAUGCUCGAGUGAGAGAAUGGGUGGAGAACCAUCUACAAAAGAUGGACGAUGAGAACAUGGCCAAGGCAGCGAGAUUGGAGGCCGAGGGCUGGAAAGAUUAUAAAAAGCUGGAUUCGUGACCUCUGCGCGAUUUGAGGGGAAAUUCCAGUAGUCAAACAAGGACGGAGCUCUAGGUGCUCAGAUGUAACAGUUAUAUGGCCAUGCUUAAAUUUGGCCCCUAGCUUGGUGGUAGAUAUUCAAAGCGAGAUCGAGUCACCUCAAGUCAACCAAUUCAUCACAUUGAC